AGUACAAUGACGCACGAAUGUGCUGAACACGUAUCAGACUGUUCACACAUAGAUGUUGCUUUUGGGCGCACCAUCUUUCCCUUUAUCCCUGUGACGGUGGCACUAGGACCACGCAGGAAGGCGCAAUAUUGCGCCUCGGUUAUUGGGUUUGGACGACCUCAGUUUUGCACUACAGCAAUCACCAUUCAACUGAGGGCAAGCAUGCCGUUUGAUAUGUUGAAAUAAGGACUCUUAAAAAGAAGCAGUUUUUGAAGAAAAGCUGGCGUUAAAAGGAUUGUGUAUGUUUUUGGCGGACCUGUCACGCACUUCAGAGUGGAGAUGGGAGUAAACCUGGAGAAUGGGAUACCCGGUGAACUUCCAGAGACGAAUAUGUGAUUUGGAUUUAAACAAGCCUUGAUUAUUAUUAACACAGCUUGAAGGUUGCAUACAUCUCAGCCAUGGUGCCUAACCGCGCACUGGGUCUAGCCCAUCCUUGCUGUAUUGGCCUGCUGUUCUUACUCCUCCUGCCCAGCUCGGUUUCCGUGAGAGAACCUCGCCAUCAGUCUCACGCCCACCUCCCCUCGCUGAUACCUCAUGCCACCCUACCACUGUCCCGCUCCCGUUUCAGCGCCAAAGCUCAGCUGGACUUCACUACUCACUGCAACGAGAGCUGCUACCACAAAGGAGAAGACAUGGAUAAAGAGAACCUAGCUUUCGAAACACUUUAUGCAGAUGGCUCCCGAACAUUAACCACUGUUGACCUGGAUGAAAAUGACACUGAACUUCCUUUCAGGCAGCCCAAAGUAACCACCCCCAGACAUAAGCGGCUAAAACGGCAGAUUUACGGUUCAGACGGACGCUUUAACAUCCGCGGUGACCACUUCCUUCUGGACUACCCGUUCUCCACAGCCGUCCGUAUAUCUACUGGCUGCACUGGAGUUCUGGUGUCCCAGCAGCACGUCCUGACCGCAGCCCACUGCGUACAUGAUGGGAAGGAUUACGUCAAAGGAGCAAGGAAACUCAGGGUGGGCUUUCUAAUCCCCCCGUCUGUUAACGGUACAAGGCCGGGUCAGACUCCUGUGAAGAAACCCUUGGUGCGCUGGGUGAGAGUUAAACGGACCCGAGUUCCCAAAGGUUGGAUUCAAGGUCCUCAAGAGGUCAGCAUGGAUUUUGACUACGCACUUCUAGAGCUGCGUUGGCCUCACCGGCGUCCCUUCAUGCGACUGGCCGUGGCACCAACCUCAGACAAUUUGGCUGGUAAACGCAUCCACUUCUCUGGAUUUGACAGUGACCGGCCCGGGGAACUGGUGUACCGCUUCUGUCCAGUGGAGGAUGAGUCCAAUGAUUUGAUCUACCAGCACUGUGACGCCCGUCCAGGUGCGAGUGGCUCUGGUGUUUACGGACGUGUGUGGGAUGAUACUUUAGAGCGCUGGGAGCGCAAGGUCAUCGGGAUCUUCUCGGGCCACCAGUGGCUGGAAAUCAAUGGAGAGAAUCGUGACUACAACGUGGCUGUUCGCUUCACUCCUCUGAAGUUUGCUCAGAUCUGUUACUGGGUUCAUGGAAAUAAAGUGGAUUGCAAUCAGGACUGAAGACAUGACACAGAAGAAUGGGACAAUAUAAAAUCAUGGACAACAUAUGACAUGCCUGAUUUUGGAACCUGCACUUUACAGUCAUUUACGGGUGUGGCUACUGAACCUGAGACAAAAGAAGGUCCAAGGCUGGUAGAUCGCUACCCACAGGCUUUGAUCACUCACAUGGGUUGAGCUGGAACUUUAUUUAACCACUACCUUUAGUUUUUGCUCGCUGUACUGCCGACGUUACACAUAGCUUUAGACUUUGAGGUCAACAACACCAGUAGAUUUAUCUUUAUCUAAGUGUUUGAUCUCACUUAUGUGAUUCUCUCCACAGCCUUGCUUUGUUCACAUUCCACAUUACAGAAGCUUUAAAGGGUGAUUUCACUUUUUUAACUUUAGUUAGUGUGUAAUGUUGCUGUUUGAGCAUAAACAACAUCUGCAAAGUUAUGACGCUCAAAGUUCAAUGCAAAGGGAGAUUUUUUCUUUUACAGAAUUCUCUCUUUAAGGACUACAACAAACG